CGCAAUCGAACUGGGUUGCUUGUCAGACUUCGAUUCCGAAGAAGCAGUUAUAGAUCUUGUAAAGCAAAAAGCUUUGUACAUUUGUGAUGGGAUGAAUUGUAAUGGAUUUGAACAUUUACCCAAAACUUUUGAAUGCAGCAAUUGUUCGUCCGUGAAUGCUGAGGCGUGCGCUACAAAUCCAGCGGCAAUAACCGCCCCGAAAAAAUGUAUUACAAUGCCCUACACUCAAUGCUACCAACGUAUAAAUGGAAUAGCCACGGAGCGCGGAUGUCUUUCAGAUUUAGUAGGGGAUGAAUUCUACAACUGCUUAAUCGGCUCAGAUGACAAAUGCCAGAUCUGCGAGGGCAACAACUGCAAUGAAGAGAUUAUUCCUGAGGAUCGUCUGCGUUGCCAUCGAUGCAACUCGAAUUCUGAUGCAGCUUGUCACACUUCUCCUGCCACCUCUUCGGUAUGUCCCUCGUACAGUGACAAUGAUGCUUGUGUUGCUAGCUACGAAAAUGGCGUAACAAAACGUGGUUGUCGAUCAGAGUUCACGUGCGUAGAGGACUCAAAGGGCUGUGAAAUAUGUGUUGGAAAUAAUUGUAAUACAGCCAAUUUAAUGAAACGUGUAGAAGAAAUAUAUGGUGUCUUCCAGGACCUACCUCUCAACUGCAACACAUGUGUUGGAGACGAGUGCAAAACCGGUGUCCGUAAUCCCAGAAAAUGUGAAGGUGAUCCUUACCAGGACUGUAUGACGAUUUUUAAUAUCAAAGGAGAAGUUAUUCGUCGUGGCUGUGAAAACCUUGUUUUAGAAGAAUACCUUUCGCAUUGCAAUGAUAAUCCAGAUCUUUGUUUUAAUUGCAAAUCGAAUGGUUGUAACGAUAUGACAGACCCAUUUACUAAUCAAUUGUGUCUGUACUGCGAUGCUUCAAAUAACUCCCAAUGUUUAUUUAAUCCCGAUGCCGUUACAUCUACAAGAAAAUGCACCCUCGGUUGUAUUUCCUCUCUUUAUCCUCGCAAAUCCAAUCCAAAAGUUUACGAUUUUGUACGGACUUGUUUGGAAGACAUUGAACCAGACAAUAGGGAAAGUUGCACUGAAGAGAAUAACUGUCUAGUCUGUUCUGACGAAAAGUGCAAUACUGCAAUUUUACCAGAGACUGGUCGUCUUUCCUGUAAUCACUGCGAAGGUAAUAACUGUAAUGCCCAAGUGUCAAAACCGUGCGAAGGUUAUGCCGCAGACGAUCAAUGUUACAUGUAUUUCGAUAAUGUUACCCACAGUGUUGUCAAAAUGGGAUGUCGCAGUGAAUUAACAAUCACUGACAUCUUAGCCGAUAUCAAGCAAUACUUUAUUUGUGACGGCGAUAAUUGUAAUGAAUACGAUAAACUUCCUGAAGCCAGAUUUUGUUAUGCUUGUAAUUCGGAAAAUGAUGUGAGAUGUGCUACGGACCCAUCCCAAGUAACUACCAAAGAUAGGUGCCAGAACUAUCCAUACACAGAAUGCUAUACUCGAAUACGCGAUGAUGGUCAUACUGAACGUGGGUGCAUUUACAACUUGCCCACUGAAAUAUUCGUUGCCUGUAACACUGGCGAUCCCGAUUCCAAUUGCAGAAUCUGUGCUGAAAAUGAAUGCAACAAAAACAUAUAUCCAUCCAGCAGACAACAAUGCCACCGUUGUAAUUCGUUAAUCGAUGUCAAUUGUGAAGGUGAGCCUAAUUCCGUUCAACCGUGUCCACUUUUUGUUAAGAAUGAUGCCUGUGUCACACAAUGGGUUGAUGGCGUAACACGCCGCGAUUGUGCUACAGAACUAAAUUGCGAUGGACUCAAUAGAAAGAACUGUCGACAGUGUUCUGAAUUUGGAUGCAAUGAUAUAAAUUUAGCCAAUGAGGACAUUGGAAAAGUAGGAGUAUUCGCUGACCUCCCGUUAACAUGUUAUCACUGCAACGGCACCGAAGAAUGUCAACAAUCCAUCGGAAACUUGAACGUUUGCACAAAUAACAUUCAUCAAACAUGCACUGUGGUUUUCAACACCGAAGGUAAUGUAAUUCAACGUGGAUGUAGCGACAUUGUUGAUCAUGUUUGUACGGAGGCUGGAAAUGUAUGUUACGACUGUAAAUCUACGGGUUGUAACACUGCAAAGAAAGAACUUGAUUAUAUAAAUUGCAUUUUUUGUGAUAGCCAGAGUGAUGUUGAAUGUACUUUUAAUGCAAAUAACAUAACACGUACACGGAAAUGCCAAGGGGGUUGUAUGACAGCACUUUAUCCGCGCACCAAAGACGACGUCCCAGUAUAUGAGCUUAUGCGAACUUGCCUGGAUGAUAAAAAUUUAGAUGACCGCCUAAGCUGUGAGGCCAAAGAGGAUCCCCAAUGUAAAUCUUGUUCAGAGGAAAACUGCAACAAAGACCAAGUGGGUUUGCAUAAGUCUUGCUAUCAAUGUAUAGGAAAUGAAUGCCAAAAUGCUCAAGCUCAGUUAUGCCGAUCGGUUAUGAACAACGAUCAGUGCUUCGUGCAGUUCGAUGAGAGUGGUUCCGUUAUCGAACUAGGCUGUAAGAGCAAAUACGAUCCUUCAGAAGUAGUGACUCUUGUGACAGCAAAACUUUUAUGGUUGUGUGACGAUGAUAAUUGUAACCACAUUGAUAAUUUACCACAGUCGCAGUCCUGUACUUUGUGCAAUUCCUUGUCAGAUACCGAAUGUUCAACCAAUCCAGAACAUGUUGUGUCGUAUACGACAUGCAAUUCACUGCCUUAUUCCCACUGUUACUCCCGCAUUUUACAGAGCGGUCACACUGAACGUGGAUGUCUCUCAAAUUUGGAAAACGAAGAGUUUUACAACUGUUUGUACAACAAAAACGAUGUGGAAUGCCUGUCCUGCGUUGGCGACAAGUGCAAUAACAUGAUAUAUCCCAAUGGUCGCACAACUUGCCAUAUUUGUUCGUCAGCUGACUCCACGACAUGUGAAACUAUGCCAGACUCGUCGGAAGUGUGUUUGAGAUACAUUCCAAAUGACAGCUGUGUAACCAUUAUUGAUGAUAAUGGAUUCACGGUACGUGGUUGUAGUUCUCAAAUUCCAUGCGACGAGUCUGAUCCGACUAAUUGCCAGAAAUGUGAUGGAAACGAUUGUAAUACGGUCAACUUAAUGCGCAAGUCUGACGCGAAACCUGGAGUAUGGCAAAAUCUACCACUGACUUGCUUGACAUGUUCCAAUGUGGACGAAUGUAAAACGGGGUAUUCUCAAGAGAUUUGCAAUGGCAAAGAACAUUGUAUGACGGUUUUCAACAACAACGGUGAAGUUAUUAAACGAGGAUGUAGCGGCUCUGUUGAAGAAGAACAAGGUCCUUAUUGCGACGUCAACCACGAAAACUGCUUUAACUGCAAUUCUAAUUUAUGUAAUAACGCCACCUCUCUAUUCGAAUAUAACGAUUGCAUUUAUUGUGAUUCAGAAAGCAAUAACAAAUGCGCCCUCAAUCCCGAAGUUGUGGCAAGACGACGAAAAUGCAAUGGUGCCUGUAUGACAGCUUUGUAUCCAAUUGCAAAUAGCUCAGUUUAUGGAGUUGUACGAUCAUGUUUGGACGACAAAGACAUAUCCGACCAGGAUGUUUGCGCAUCUGGGUUAGAUAGCGAGUGCAAAUCUUGUUCUGGCUCCGCUUGCAAUGUUGAAAUUAUUCCCGAGUCUCGACUUUCCUGCUACGCUUGUAUUGGUGAGAAUUGUGUAGAUGCGAAUGUCGGUUAUUGCCCCAAAUAUAAACCAAAAGACCAGUGUUUUAUUCUCUUUGAUGAUAAAAGUGACGUCGUACAAAUGGGUUGUGUCAGUGAUUUAGACGAUAGUUUUGUAUCAAACAACAUUCAUCGUUUAUAUACUUGCAACUCAAAUAACUGCAAUGGUUACGAAAAUAUACCCAAAACAACCAUGUGUGCCGAAUGUAAUUCAAAUGAUGACCCCGAUUGUGCUUUAAUGCCACAAAAUGUGCCAUCAAUUACUCAAUGUACUUCUAGACCAAAUACUCAAUGCUAUACUAAAAUUAAUAACGAUGGUUCAACGGAACGUGGGUGUGUAACCAGUCUUAGCUAUUCUGACAUGAUUAGUUGUCUCAGCGGAAAUUACAACAAAUGCAGUACCUGUGAGAGUGAUCGGUGUAAUAUACAGGUUUUCCCUCCAGACCGUCGUCGUUGCCACCGUUGUAACACCAAAGAUGACCCAGAAUGUGAAAGUUUGCCGGAUUCUGCAUCAGUCUGCCCUAUUUAUGAUAGUGAUCAAUUUUGCACAACAAAAUUAGUAAAUGGUCAUACAUACCGGGGUUGCAGCACAGAAUUUCAAUGUAAUGAUGACGACAAACAAUAUUGUCGCCAAUGCUUUGAAUCGGACAAUUGCAACGUGGUUGAUUUGGCUAGCAGCAACAUCGGAUAUCCCGGAAAAUGGCAAGGUGUCCCAAUUAACUGUUAUAGCUGUGAAGGUUGGGAAUGCCAAACUUUAAGUUUAGGAGUAAUUGGAAAGUGCGAAAAUAACAACAAACAAAAUUGCGCAACUGUAUUCGCUGCUAAUGGUACAGUGAUACAACGCGGUUGCUCCGAUGUUAUUUACAAUAGCGAAAGACUUAGUUACUGCGACAAAAAUCCUUCACUGUGCAAGUUCUGCAAAUCCAGUGGAUGCAAUACAGCCAUCAGCAUCAACGAUUAUGUCGACUGUAUUUUCUGUGACGGCAGCGUAGAUUCCGACUGUAUUUUCUAUCCUGAAACUAAAACACAUACUCGUUCUUGUCACAAGAACUGUAUGACAGCAUUAUAUCCACGUACCAACGAAGAUAACCCAGCGUAUGAAUUGUCUAGAAGUUGUCUAGAUGAUCUCGAUUUGGAUGACCGUGAACAAUGUCAGUCGGGCAUUAGAGCCAAUUGUAAAUCUUGCAGCGAAGACAAGUGCAAUAACGUUCCAGAGACGCGGCUUAAAUGCAACGUAUGCCACGGAAAUGAAUGUGAGGAAUACAUUUCCGCUCAAUGCACAUCUUAUCGUGAAAACGAUAAAUGCUUUACGUUGUUCGAUGAGGAAAGCAAUAUACAAGGUAUGGGAUGCGCUAGCGACUUGGAUAACUCAUUCAUAUCGUCGAAUCGUCGCAAUUUAUUAUUGUGUGAAGGAGAUAAUUGUAACGAUGUUCUUAACUUACCACAACCUCCAUCGUGCAGAUGGUGCAGUUCCGACAAUGACCCGGACUGUGCCUCAAGUCCUUCAACGACAACAGCCACCGUCUGUCAUUUAUACCCUAACACAGAAUGUUAUAUGGCUGUUGACGAAGACGGUGUUACACGUCGAGGAUGUCUCUCAGAUGUGGAUGAAGAAUUAUUUAACGAUUGCACCAGUGGCGUCAGCACAAAAUGUAAAAUUUGCAGUUCAAAUGAUUGUAACAGCGCAAUCUUCCCCGAAGAGCGCCGAAGUUGUAUUCAGUGUGACUCCUCACUUUUUUCUGCUUGCGAGGACAACGCCAUCCAAUUCGCUCAAACAUGUGUGCUAUACCGGGAGAAUGACAGCUGUGUUACUAAACUAGAAGGGGAUCGUACUCUACGAGGUUGCGCAUCAGAUUUCACUUGUGACACUAGCAGUCGGGAAACUUGUCGAAUAUGUAAUGCGACCGAUAAUUGCAACACAGUUAAUUUGUUGGGAUUGUCCGUGGGAACACCAGGAAAAUGGCAAGGAUUGCCACUUAAUUGCUAUGCCUGCGAAGGGCUGGAAUGUGCUGAUGGAAAUGGUAUAAUAAACGUAUGCGAAGGCAACAAUUUACAAACUUGUACCACUGUCUUCGGACUUAAUGGCUCCGUAGAAAAGCGUGGAUGUAGUGACACAAUCAGUAUUUCCCACGGUGAUUUCUGCGAUCAAUAUCCAGACCGCUGCUUAAACUGUAAAUCGAAUGGGUGUAACACCGGUAAUUCUUUGGAUGACUUCACAGAUUGUUACUUUUGUGAUUCUGCAUUAGAUGCAAAUUGUUCUACAGCAUUCGACGAGAAAAAGAUUAGGACACGUAAGUGUCACGGCGAUUGCAUGGUAGCAUUGUACCCCCGAUCAAGUAGUAGUGAUCCUGCUUAUGAAUUAGCUCGUACAUGUUUGGAUGAUUUGGAUUUAGAUGAUAGAGAUGCUUGCUCCAAUGAUCAAAAACAGUUCUGCAAAGCUUGCAGCGGAUCACGAUGUAAUACAAUGAGUUUUCCCGAGGAUCGCUUCGAAUGCUAUACAUGUCUCGAUAAUGAUUGCGAAGAUAUGGACAUUAAACAAUGUAAUGCGUAUCACCCUAACGAUCAAUGCUAUAUUCUUUUCAACGAAGAAAACUCUAUUAUUAGCAUGGGAUGUCGUAGUGAAUUUGAAGCGGAAGUUGUGACUGAACUGCUAAAACAAAAGAAAAUGUUACUAUGCAACGAAAAGGGAUGCAACUCCCCACAUUCCAUUCCUUCGCCUAAGUAUUGUUCCGUAUGUUCUUCAGAAAAUAAUUCCCUCUGUGCUACUAAUCCCAAUUUGGUUGGAAAUAUGGAACGCUGCUCUUCAUUACCAUACACCGAAUGCGUAACUCGUGUUAAUAACUAUGGUCAUACCGAACGUGGUUGUUUGGGAUCGCCAAAUGAUAUAUUUUUCGGCUGUCUAAUGGGCACUGAUAAUUUGUGUGAAACUUGUGUGGGAGAAUGCAAUGAAAUUGAUAUAUAUCCCACAAAUCGCAGGAAAUGUCAACAAUGUAGUUCGGCUAUAGAUCCACUUUGUGCUUCAUCCCCGGAUAACAAUAAAGUUUGUCCUCUAUAUGACGAAAACGACUCUUGUGUAACGAAUUUCCGAAAUGGUAUUACUACUAGAGGAUGCUCAUCUACAAUGAAAUGUGAUGAUCCCGAGAAUAAACGCACAUGUCGAACUUGUGACACCGACGGUUGCAAUACCGUAAAUUUAGAAAGAAACAGUGAGAAUGGUGAACCUGGGCGGUGGCAAGACUUGCCAAUCACCUGCUACUCCUGCAAAGGAGAAGAGGAAUGUUUCAGUAAGGGAGAUUUCCGAUCAUGUUUAAACAAUCCCUUCCAAAAUUGUAUGACAGUAUUCAGCAAUGAUGGCAAAGUCAUUCAGAGAGGUUGCAGUGACGUGGUGGAAGAAGAUCAGGGAUCAUAUUGCGAAGCCAAUCCAGGCAAUUGUAUGGCUUGUAAUUCGAAUGGCUGCAACGUUGCUAAUAGUUUGGACGAGUACAUCGAAUGCUUGGUCUGUGAUACCGACUCUGGUCCAGACUGUUCUAAUAAUAUCGGUAGUAUAGAAAAAACCCGAAAAUGCUACAAAUAUUGUAUGUCAGCUCUGUAUCCACUAUAUCAGGAGGCCAAUCCAUCGUAUGGUCUAGUAAGAUCUUGCUACGAUGAUAUGGAUAUUGACGACAGGGAUAGUUGUGCAGCUGGCAACAAGGACUACUGUCAAGUAUGUGAAACUGAAAAAUGCAAUACCAUCGAUAUGCCUCAGACGAGAUAUAGUUGCUACAUCUGUGAAGGCGAUUCUUGUCAGGAUCCUAAAAUCCAGCAAUGUCCAACAUAUCGCCCUGAUGACAAGUGUUACGUUCUCUUUGACGAAAAACAAUCCAUUGUUGCUCUAGGUUGUCGCAGUGAAUUUAGCAAUGAAGAUGCAGAUAAUUUGCUGAAACAAAAGCGUCUUCACAUUUGUGAGGGUCCGACUUGUAACCACAUCAAUAGCUUGCCUACUGCUCAUGUUUGUAAUCUAUGCAACUCGCGUACUGAUAAAAACUGCGCUGUCAAUCCAUCUGAAAUUACAGGCUAUACGACAUGCGCAGCCUUGCCUUUCACGGAAUGCUACUCUCGUGUUUUACCAGAUGGUGAAACCGAACGCGGUUGCUUGUCUAAUUUAUAUGAUGAAGAAUUCAUGACCUGCUUAGAUGGUACAUCGAAGGUCUGCGAAAAGUGCAUUGGAGAUAAAUGCAAUAGCAAGAUCUUCCCCGAAGACCGACUUAAGUGCCACAUUUGUGAUUCCUCAAUUGAUCCUAGUUGCGAGAAUGCCCCCGAUAACCUUGGCUUAUGUCCACUACAUAAUAACGAUGACACUUGCGUGACUGUAUUCCGCAACGGUUUUACUUAUCGCGGAUGUAGUUCUUCCUUGGUAUGUGACGCAACAAACCCCAGAAAAUGUAUCAAAUGUUCCGGUGAAGGAUGUAAUACAAUAAAUUUGGCUAAGAAACAAGACGACAAUUAUGGAAAGUGGCAAGACCUUCCAUUGACUUGCCUUGAAUGCACAGGAUCAGAAUGUAAUUCUUCUGAAACCACAAAGUCUCUUUUCUGCGAUUUAAAUAAUGAACAGGACUGUAUGACUGUUUUCGAUAACAGUGGUAAAGUUGUUCGACGUGGUUGCGCAGAUAUAGUCGAAAGUGAAUACGGAACAUACUGUGAUGCAAAUGAAGACAAAUGUUUAAGUUGCAAAUCAAAUGAAUGUAAUUCUGCGAAGUCCCAAUCAGAAUUCACCGAAUGUAUUUAUUGCGACUCUAACAAAAAUCUCGAUUGCAUAUUUAAACCCUUAAGCCCAGACCAUAAAGUUAGAAAAUGCCAAGAUGGCUGCAUGACAGCCCUGUAUCCUUCGGAUAGUUCUCAUAACCCAUCUUACGAUUUAAUACGGACGUGUUUGAACGACAAAGAACUUUCCGAUCAACUUGAAUGCUCAUCUGGCAACGAUGCAACAUGCAAAGCUUGUACUGGGGAAAAAUGCAAUGUGGACAAUGUUCCAGAAAAACGUUUUACAUGUUACACUUGCGAGGGAGAGAACUGCGUGGAACCAGUUAUUCAAUUAUGUCCACUAUACAAAGAAUUUGAUCAAUGCUUUAUUAAAUUUGACAACACAAACAGCAUAUCUGAAAUGGGAUGCGUGAGCUCAUUCCGCAACCAGCCGUUGGAAAAUAUAAUUAAAACUAAACGAGUUUCCGUGUGCAAUGGCCCCAAUUGCAAUUCACUCGACACUAUUUCGAAAGCACAAAAAUGUGCUAUAUGCGAUUCAGGUGAAGACAUAUCCUGUGCUGUCAACCCAGUAGAAAUUGCAUCCUUCAAGUCAUGCAACAUGCUGCCCUAUACUGGAUGUUUCUCGAUAUUAACUGAAAGUGGCCACACGGAGAGAGGUUGUUUGGCGGAUUUACCAGAUGAUGAGUUUACUGCUUGUGUUUUAGGUAACGAUGAAAACUGCGGAGUUUGCAGUGGGGAUGGGUGUAAUCGAGAUAUAUUCCCCGUCAAUCGUCAACAAUGCUUCACGUGCACAUCAGAGGAAGAAUCCAAUUGUGAAUCAUUCCCAACGUCAAAAUCACCUUGUCCAAUAGUGAGUGAGUCCGAAUCCUGCAUAACAGCUCUAAAGGGAAAUGUAACAGUUCGUGGUUGCAGUAGUAAUCUCUAUUGUGACUCGGGAGAUAGUUCCACCUGUCGAUCAUGCUUCAGCUCUGAAUGUAAUUCAAUUGAUUUAGUUAACCAAGUGGACGACGGCUACCAUGGCGUUUGGCAAUCUCUCCCUCUUCGCUGUUUUACAUGUGAAGGGCAACAAUGUCUUAAUUCUCUUGGUUCAACGAAAACGUGCUCCAGUCGAAAUUAUAAUCAAGACUGUAUGACUGUUUUCAAAUCCAAUGGGGAAGUUGAUCGACGUGGAUGUUCGGAUGAUGUUGAAGAUUACAGAGACUUAUACUGUCGUCAGAAUCCAGAUUUAUGUUUCAAGUGCAAGUCGAACGAGUGCAAUGUGGCAUGGAGUAUAGAAGAUUAUGUUGAAUGUGCAUUCUGCGAUUCCUUCAAAGAUUCGCUCUGCACAAUAAAUCCAAGUGGUUCUGGUUUUGCUUCAAGAAUAUGUUACAAAAAGUGUAUGGUUGCAAUGCUAGAUCAACGUGUUAUACGCUCAUGCUUAGAUGAUAAAGAAUUGAGGGUUCAAAACGAAUGCAAUGAAUCCGAAAACAGUGAGUGCGUCAGUUGCUCAAAUGCCAAUUGCAACAAAUUUGUGUUCCCUCUUGAUCGCUUGAAGUGUCACACAUGCACCGGAACUUCAUGCACCAGUAGUACAGGACAAUAUUGUGAAAUUUAUAGCAAACAGGACUACUGUUUUGCUAAAUAUGAAAGCGGCAAGGUUGAUUUGCUAGGCUGCGCCUCUGCACAAAAUGCGAGUGAUUUGGCACAAUGGGAGGCUCAAAACAAACUGCAUAAAUGCGAAGGUCUAGAAUGUAAUGAAUUAUCACGUUUACCCACUGAAAGUGAGUGUCUUGUCUGCGACUCCAGCAAGACUCCAAGCUGCAGUCAGAACCCUACACACAUAAAUACCACUCAAACUUGCUUGGCACCAAAAAGCCAGUGCAUGACUCACAUCAAUUCUGAUGGGCAUACUAUCAGAGGUUGUCUCAGCAGUUUAAGCGAAGAUGAACAGUCAUGCGUGGCUGCUGGUACGUGUGUAGUCUGCUCUGGCUCCAAAUGUAACAAUGAGAUUUUCCCAACCAAUAGACGAUCCUGUCAUAUCUGCAAUUCAGUCGCUGACAAGGAUUGUAUUUCCAAUCCAAAUAAUCCUCUUAUAUGUCCUAUCUAUGUAGUAAACGAUAGUUGUGUAUCGACGCUCUCGGAUGAUGGCAUAGUCACUCGUGGCUGCGCAUCUCAAGUUACAUGUGAAAAAGAUGAUAGUGACUACUGUGAAUCUUGCAAUUCUAACAAUUGUAAUACUGGAGAAUUAAAGGGUUCGGGAUCGCUGGUCACUCAAAGCUUACCUCUAACGCUGCUCUUAGCAGUUGUGUCUUUAAUAGUGAACAGGAAAUAACUAAACGCGUAUUGAUGCAAAAUCGAUACUAAAUUUAAAUAUUAAAUCUUAAGUGUUAAUUCCAGAGUUUUGAAAAUGUUUUACUCAUGUUUUUACAACUUUUCUACCAUAACAAAUAUAAUAUUUUAAUUCGAAACGAAAGUAAAAUUUUAAAAGUUUGCACGAACUUUAAUAACGAAUCCUACUAAAAAGUCAAUAAAUCUGAAGUUAUGCCUAUAUAAUUCAUUCGGUAUAAACCAUAAAAGCA